AUGGAAAGCGAAAACAAAGAAGAUAUUCUGGAAGCAGCCUCUCUAAUUCAAAAAGAUGAAAUAAAGGAAACAUCAGAAAAAACAGUAUCUGAGAUAGAGGUUAUCGAAUCGUCAGCUCAGAACUCGUCAUCUCUGAACGUAGCUCCGUGUGAAGAGGUAUCUAACCCGAUAAAAUCCCCAGACAAUACGUUAUCUUUUGGAGAGGGUCAGCAACUUGCAGACUCAUCUGAAAUCUCUGCGGAGGCACCAGAAGCAGUUAGUCUAAAACUGAACGACCAGUCUUUAGACAGCACUUAUUCUGGAGACGAUGAAGAUACGUUUGACAUUGAGAAGGACUAUUCUGUUCCGUCGGAAGAAGAUUCGAGUGUAUGCGUUUCUCUCUCUCACCGUCACACUCAUACCAGAAACCCGUCAGAGAUAUCCGAAAGCGAGGUGCUCCAGUUCUCCGGACAACCUUAUGCUGUCAUAGGAGGCAAGAUAUUUCCCUUUGACAUAAAUGAUGAAGACUUCUUUCCUGAAUUUGAACUGCCCCAUGACAAUGAUCCACGCACAAAUGACAUUAUCAAUGACGUGCUUCAAGCAUUUCCAGAUGGCACUGCUGAACUCCUGGAAGAUAUUGAUGAGAUCGAUGCUGAAGCAACCCCCUUACCUCUUCGAAAGUUGGAGCUAACUGCUGGAGAUGAUGUAUUAGAUAAAACUCCUACUGAUUGCAACAGUCAUCCCGACUGUCAAAUUUUCUCAGAAGGUAAAAGUUCUCCAGUUAAUGAAAGUAUUCCUGAUGAUGACAUUGUUCGACAAAAUCCCGAAAACUCUUCUCAGUCUGAAUUUUCACCAGACGAAAGUAGCGAGCAGACGGAUUCGGUCACUGAUCAAGACAUAUCUGCUGCUACUGAAGAGGAUCUAGCAGAAGACGGUGGCGAGCGAAUGGAUUCGGUCACUGAUCAAGACAUAUCUGCUGCUACUCGAGAGGAUCUGGAACCUUCUCCAGAUUUGUCGAUGAAAACUAAUGUUUCACUAAAGAUUUGCUCAGAACAUCAAACUGACAGAUCUCCUCAGUCUGACUCGUCUCCUGGAGAAGAUGGUGGUAAGGAGAUGGAUUUUGCCAACCUAGACGAUCUCUCUCCAGUACCAUCUGAAGAAAUAGAACUUUCAAAAGAUCUGCUAUGUGAAACUACAAGUUCUCCACAGAUGAGCUCCGACAAUCGACCAGAUUUGAGUCUCGAUCUUCGUCUCGAAGAAAACACAGGGAAUGAAAACGCAACGGAAUUAGAGGGAAUUCUCUCGCCACUGGAUGAAGAUCAGUUUAAACAGGCGAUACCAAACAGUCCGAACCCGAGACGGAACAUCGUCAGAAGAAAGUCCUGUGCAGACAUUGUAAUAGACCAAAGUUUCUUCGAUUCUCAACCGACGCAAGAAACAGCACCCAUAGACGUUAAGAAAACUCCUAGAGUUCAACGAAAAGAACGAAGGGAAAGGAGAAAGUCUAUCAUCUUGGUAGAUCAUCCGGACGCAAAGGAUCCGUCAAUAAGAGUGGUGAGUCCAGAGAGCGGUACGGUGAUAAGCGAGUCCACCAUGAUACUUCAGCAGAUGCUGCAUGACGAGGGCUUUUCGGAGAGUGACCUUGAUUUUAGUUUUGAAGACGAUGAGCUGAAUGAUUCUGAGCUGGAAAAUGUAGGAGCAUCCUUUCUCUCCGACCCUGACAUGAAGAGAGCGCUGCAACUGCAGAUAUCUGACGACAGUGACUCCGUUUUCGGUGAAAGUACGGCUGCAGGUGGCAGCCAAUCGCGUUUUUCGAACCCAGUCGAGUCAGACGGUGGCAGAGAGUCCGAGUUGGCCCCGAACACACCUCCCUCCCAAUCAUCUGAUCUUGACGACUUCGAGCGGUUUAAACGUGAACUGGAAAUGAGCAUGCCAAUUCCUUCUCCUGGACUGAGCGAUACGGACAGACUCAAUUUGGAGAUAGACCCCUCAAACUCGGCGCGAACCAAGCGUGGAACCGGAUCAGACUCGGACAGAAAGAAACUGACGGGGGUCGAAAAAAAACUUCAAAAGAAAUCACUAGGCGGCAAACCACCGACUGGAAACAACCUAAGAAGAAGCAAAUCAGCUAAGUUGAGCUCAGAAGAUGCUCUUGGUCCCAGAGAAAGAUAUCGUGGCUGUGUAUCGGGGGCCCUGACACCCGGAGCUCGGAGAAGGAACCCCCCUCCUUCAGCUCAAGCACCUACCGAGUUCGACAACAAAGACUUUGCUGCUAGAUGCAAAUUCAAGGACACAAAAGAAUUCAAAAUGAUGGAAAUGUUACGAAAAGCAGAGUUAGGCAUCCAAAAGAGAAAAAGGCAAUUGAUGAACAGGCAAAUAGCUGAAUUGCAGCAAGAGCUGGCGAACUUUGCUAACGAUUCCAUUGACACUAUGACUGUCGAAGAGUACGAUGCCCUCAGAGAAAAACUUAGACUCCUUCCCAAGGAUGUUCGAGAAAAUAAUAAGGGAAAGGCUCUGAUCGCGAAGAUCGAACAGGAAGCAUAUCUAUCACGUGCUCGAAUGAGACAAAAUACGUACCAAGCUGAAAGUGAGGAGCAGAAGAAAGCUUUCCGUAAAGCUCAACUUACGGCAAUUCGGAACAAGCGUAAAAAAGAGUCAGCCAUGUUGAAGCAGGUGAUGGCUACAGGAGACGUGGCUCCACAGCAGACUUUGAAGCGAACAAGAGAGGCGGUAAGCAGAUGGCUCAUCACCAACGAAAACGGUGCUGCCGGUGAGAUCGAUACGAGCGCUUUACGUUCCAGCCAAUCCUCCCAGGACGACUCCGCAUCCAAUACAGUGGAACCGGACGUGAUGGAGCAGUACUCUGUCUUCAGGGACAAGGUGAAGGCAGUAAAUGAGGAGAUCCUGGCGAGUGGAGACGAGAGUGCAGUGUUGAUCGCAGUUCAAGGGAUCAUGUUUAACACCUUCAUUGAGUUCAGAGAGUGGCUCUAUGGUAACGCCAAGUUCCCUUGCGAUAUGUCUAAUAUCCCAGACAAUUCAGGUUUAUUGCUGUAUUUUGAGAGUGCCGAGGUGUUGGCUCACUACAACGAGUUCAAAGCAAACAAGAAGGAAUUGAGACGUCAGAAAGCCAGACAUCGACGUAUGCCUGGUAGUGGGGUUGGACGAAGUCAAAGCUUGAGACGAUCUCGAAAGACUGACAGUGUCGUAGACUCACUCAAGAAAUCUGGCAGUGCUCAAAACAUCGCAGACGGUCUGAACGGUUUGAAGAGAUCUGAGAGUGGUGCCAGUAUGACGAGCAGUGCGAGUUGUCUCAGUCGAUCUAGCAGCUUUCACAGGCUAGCUAGAGGAUCAGGUAGCCAGAUCUCACUGCUGGUAGCUGGACAAGACAGUCAGGGUAUGAGUGUUCCUGCCUCAGCUGCAGGCCAGUACGACAAUGAAGAUAACUCUACUUCCGGAGAUGAGGUUUGGUUACAAAUGGUGGCUGCCAAACUGGAAAAAGUUAAGCAGGCCAAGAAAGAAAAGCUCACCCGCCUCGGAGACAUUAUAGACAAAGUCGUGCGAGCUAUUGUAUCGAGGUGCACGUGUAAAACCCCCUUCCAGCUGGACCGAGUAGGAGACGGCAAAUACAAACUACCUCACACUAGUCAGAUCUUCUUUGUCAGGAUCCUGAGGAACCACGUGAUGGUGCGAGUAGGAGGAGGGUGGGACACUCUCGACCACUUCAUCGCCAAACACGACCCCUGUAGAAUGAAGUUCAAGCAGAUUGUCGGAGCUCUCAACACACGAGACGUUAAGUCCAAAAUCUCUACCUCUUGGGAACACUCUCCUUUCAGACGCAACAGAUCUACAUCCAUGAUCACCUCUUCUCCCUUGGUCUCAGCAGAGCAGCCCUGGAUACGUGAGGACGUGUCCCCUGUUGCCAAGCAACCACGACAACAAGAGUCCUCCCGUUUCUCCAGGUCCAGCUCUGCUAGGUUUGCCAGAAAGUUGACCUUCAGUUCAGAAAGUGAGGAUCUGGGCUGUUUGGCCCCGAGAUGUGCUCAUAUUGGUGGAGGUGGAUCAGAGGGAGGAAGCACGGCAUCUUCAGUUCCUGACUUUGAGUUUGACACCUUGGAAGAGAAGAUGAAUACCACUCUCUCCCCUCUUAUCUCCUUCAAUAAGAACAGCAAUACUCCUCCUAUCUUUGUAGAAGAGGAAGAACCACUGACCCUCUUUAAUCAGUCCCCCAGGAAACCCUCCCUUAAAACUUCGUCUCCCCGCAGGAAAUCUUGCACCGCUAGAUCCAGAAUACCCGUGCCUACAGCCCGCUCUAAGUCCUGUGAGAGGAGGACUAACACCGUGUCCAACAAACCCACUCUGAAACACUCUAAGUCCGGCGAGGUCCGCAGAAGCAACUACGUCUCAACCCCCUCUCAGAGAAAGAUGAGCACUCCAGCUCCCAUAACUCCGUCCGGUGUGCCACUCAAACAAACUGCUAAACAGACAGAAAAUCAGCUCAAAGAGUGCCUGUUGAAAACACCCAGGUCCUUGCUGAGCAACCCAACCUCAGCCACGGCCCGCAAGAUUCUCAAGUCUAAAUCAUCAGAUAAUCUCCAGAAGCACAUGGUCCGGAAUUGUGAUCCAACUCCACAGAUGAACAUGUCUCUUCAACCCAACAGAUUCAGAAGGAAAUCAACAGAUGGAUCUGCUCUUCACAAAGUGUCUGUUAAGUCGGGAGGUGUGAAGGCCAAGCCUAAGGGGCUGACGAAAUCUAAGUCCUCGGAGAUCUCAAGACACAACGUAGUGAGUUUGAGGAGGGACGAGGAGGUCGUCAUGAAACCUGACCUUCAGAAUCUCAACUCCUCAAAGUCCGCUGGUCGUUCCUUUGUUGAUUGGCUCAAAAAGCGCCGUAACGAAAACUAAUGGAAAGACCGUCUAGAGGUUCAGGUAGUGUUUUUAAAAUCGAAUUUCAUGUGUCCAUGUAAAGAACUAUUUAUUUAUAUUUAGAAGAUGGAGAUUUGAUUUGAUGUAAAUUUUAUGGUUAAAUAGAGACAAAUUUUAGAUUGAACUGUUAAAAUGUAUGCGUAUGAACAUUUUAUCCGCUCAGUUAGAUUAGACUUCCUAGAAGUAGACUUGAAUGAAACUGCCUAAGUGCUGAUUUAAAAUGUCGCCACGAACAUCAUCCUGCAAUCUGAGGUUACCGUUAAUCUGUAACGUAUAUAAUAUGUCUUCAUAUAAAAUCGGAUUAAAAGACGGGUGAACAACUCCAUAUUUGGUCAAUUCAAGUUGCGAAUGCUAUAAUUAUUACUCGAAAAGUAAGCUUACCAGUAUUACAAAGAUCCAAAAGGAGAAUCCAUAGCUUUUGUUUAUCAAGUAUGUUAUUGCCCGAUAUAUCUGUUCUUUCAACCAACUUUCCGAUCGGCCGAUGAAGACAUAUAUUUAAGUCAAUUUCUAAGGUUUGUAGAUUUAAAACUAUUCGUGCUUGCUGCUUUUAGUUUUAGGUAAAGUUGGAUUCAAGCUGCUUUCAUGCAUGUGUGUUGCAACUGAAAUUUGUAGACUACCGCGUGCCAUGCAGCUUAGCUGUUGGAGCUGUUAAAAUCACUCUUCAAAAAUAUAUUUUUGUUUUGUUAGUACGUUCUCUUUCUGCAUUAAUUUAUAUUCUUGGAUUAUUUUAUUUUUAUUUUUACUUUGAUAACUUUCAAGACUAUUAAACUGAAAUUUUCUGUAAAAUUGAAGUAUUUUGUCGCUUUUGUAAGAUCAAAUAUC